GUUUGUUUCUGCCUUUUGGGCUCCUCAACUAGAGGCAAAGUGGAAAACAGCAAACUGCUCAGCUUUGUGUACUGCCUCCCAUACCGCAUUUAGGUGUGGGAAGACUGGAGGUGUAGCCAUUGGCAAGGUCCUGGCCUCCUCUGGCAGAACUUCUAAGCCUGACCGAGAGAGCUGAGCUCUGACUAGCACACAUCUCACGUGGGCAAGCCAGAUCCACGGCCUGGAUCAGAGAAUCACCAGAGCUGCACCAUGAGUCGUGUUCGAGAUGCUGGCUGCGUAGCUGCAGGGAUAGUGAUUGGGGCAGGUGCCUGGUAUUGUGUCUAUAAAUAUACAAGGGGAAGAGACCAGAAGAAAAAGAGACCAAGCAAGCCCAAGAACCGGGCUGUGGCUGGGACCGGAGCCAGGGCUAGAGCUGGGCUAAAGGCAGGAUUUACAAUUGAUCUUGGGCCAGGAUUUAGCCCCCCGACCCCAGUCCGUGCUAGGGCAGAGGAUGGGCCUCAGGAUGAAGCCUCUGCCGUGGACACAGCUAAAGCUGAGGCAGUGGCCCCACCUGUGGCCAGCACUGAUGUUCACAGUGCGGCAGGGAGUCAGGCCCAAGAAGCAGAUGGGGCAGGGGUUGGGGUUGGGCCUAAGGCUGAACCCACAGUUGGGGGUGCUUUAGAUUCUGCAGGGACACCACUUCCCGUGGUGACAGAGGCCCCUGCAGCAGCAGAGCCUCCCAAGGUGACAGAAGCUCACAAUGUAGCUGAGGUACCUAAAACAGCAGUACCUCCUGGGGCAGCUGCGCCUACCCAAGUGGCAGCAGCCACCCAGGCAGUAGAGCCUUCCGGAGUGGCAGCACCCACUGAGGCAGCUGAUGCUGUCAGAGUGGCAACACCUACAGAGGUGGCUGAGGCUGCUGUACCCCCAGUACCUACUGGGGCAGCAGCACCUGCUGGGACUGCUGAAGCUCCCAGGACUUCAGGAUCUUCUAAAACUUCAGCAGCUGCUAAAAAAGCAACCCCUGGGGCUCACACUGGGGCUAUACCUAAGGCUGGGGCAGCCACUGGGGCUGUCCCAAAAGGUGGAGCCAAGGGUGGAGCUAGGUCCCGGACUGGAGGCAAGGGCAAGGGCAAAAGAAAUAAAGUGGAAGUAGAUGAACUGGGGUUGGGCUUCCGCCCUGGAGAUGGAGCUGCAGCAGCUGCUGCAGCCUCUGCUAAUGGGGGACAAGCUUUCCUGGCAGAAGUCCCUGACUCUGAGGAAGGGGAGUCCGGGUGGACUGACACAGAGUCUGACUCAGACUCUGAGCCUGAGGUCCAGCUCAGAGGGAAGGGGAAAAGACCUGUUGCCAUGCAGAAGCGCCCCUUUCCUUAUGAAAUUGAUGAGAUUCUGGGUGUCCGAGAUCUUAGGAAAGUUCUUGCCUUGCUUCAGAAAUCAGAUGAUCCUUUCAUCCAACAGGUAGCUCUGCUCACCCUGAGCAACAAUGCCAAUUACUCAUGUAACCAAGAGACAAUUCGCAAACUGGGAGGCCUUCCUAUUAUUGCAAAUAUGAUCAACAAAACUGAUCCCCACAUUAAGGAAAAAGCCUUAAUGGCCAUGAAUAACCUAAGUGAGAAUUAUGAAAAUCAGGGCCGGCUUCAGGUCUAUAUGAAUAAAGUAAUGGAUGAUAUAAUGGCCUCUAACCUAAACUCAGCAGUACAAGUAGUUGGACUAAAAUUUUUGACAAACAUGACUAUUACUAAUGACUACCAACACCUGCUUGUCAAUUCCAUUGCAAAUUUUUUCCGUUUGUUAUCUCAGGGUGGUGGAAAAAUCAAAGUUGAGAUUUUGAAAAUACUUUCAAAUUUUGCUGAAAAUCCAGAUAUGCUCAAAAAGCUCCUCAGCACCCAAGUGCCAGCAUCAUUCAGUUCCCUCUAUAAUUCUUAUGUGGAAUCUGAAAUUCUUAUCAAUGCUCUUACUCUGUUUGAGAUCAUCUAUGACAACCUCAGAGCAGAAGUGUUCAACUACAGAGAAUUCAAUAAAGGCUCCCUUUUUUACUUGUGCACUACAUCCGGAGUGUGCGUCAAGAAAAUUCGAGCCUUAGCUAAUCACCACGACCUCUUGGUGAAAGUUAAAGUUAUAAAACUAGUGAACAAAUUCUGAUGGGUUAUGUGCUUUCAAGAUCCUGGAAAAAAUUUCUUGGUAUUGCAGUCUGGAAAUAUUGAAAAUUCGAAGUUACUGCUUUUACACUUAUUCUCAGAGUAAAGGGAUCCUUUCAGCUGUCAGUUUUGAAUAAGGUUUCAUCUGGAGUGUUGUUAUAUGUGACAGUCGCCAGCUUUAAGUUUAAUCCUAUUAUGAAUACCCAAAUAAAAUUGUCCUCCUGUACUGAAAACACAUUUGUGAUGUUAAUUGUGCUGCUUGGAUGACAAUAUGUUUUUUUUUUUUUUUUCUGGUUCCUCUAUGUGAAUUGACAGUGUACCUGUCCAUUACAAAAGGCCUACUAUUCUAUUACUUGUUUUGACUUGAAUUUAUCCACCAAAGAUCUUAUUGUGUAUCAUCAAUAAAGUUGUGUGUUUCAAC